AUGUCCUCGGCACUAAAAGCGGCCAAAAAUCUUAUUAGGUUCUUUCGUCCUGGUGGAACACCUCACAUAUAUGACUCUUCUACUCCUCCUCUCUUUCAGCGACCUUCACCUUGGUGGGCCAAAUGGACCUUUGCUCUGGUCGCGUGCGAUGCCUUCAUGACCGGUUCAGCCAUGGACUUAACUUGGAAUCACUGGUCGCAGCCGAUAGACGGAAAGUCAGAGUCUGCAGUCCCCCCUCAUUCCGAGUAUUACACCCUUCGACCGAUGUGGCAACGCCUGGGCCUUUGCUCAGGAUUUUUUGUUGGCGGCGUUGGUGCUGCUUCUGCACUUUUCAUUGCUGGCUUUCGAUACACUAAAGUCCUUGACGUAUUCCCUCCCCUUCAAACCAUCGUUAACUCAAGCCGGAUGGACAAAAAUGCCGUGCAAAAAGCAUUGGAAAAACGCCGUGUCUUUAUCCAAUCAGCGCGACAUUCCCGCUCCCGCGGAAUCACCUUUCCUCUCUCUCAUUGUACCCUACAUCGUGGACGAGCAGACUCUGAGCUCCUGCUCACUGUCGAUAACGAAAGAGGACACUGGUACAUUGGCCUCGACGAUAAAUCUAUCAUUGACGGACAGAACUACAAGGGAAGUGCUGCUCGUGAAGUAAUGCUUAAAGCAUGGAAAGGCGGCUGGAUCAAUGAUGAUCUGGCGCGCGCUGCCUCUCUACCUACGCCGCCUACGCCAAAGAAGAGUAUAGAUAAACAAAAAAAGACUCGUACUCACGUAUCAUCAUCAUCAUCACAAUGA